GACGGGGUUUCUCCAUGUUGGCCAGGCUGGUCUCGAACUCCUGACCUCAGGUAAUCAGCCUGCCUCGACCUCCCAAAGUGCUGGGAUUACAGGCGUGAGCCACUGCGCUCGGCCUGGAAAUUAUAUUUUAAAGUUAUUUUGAAUACUCCCUGGAAAAGUUCUUGGUUCAUAUUUAUACCCCUAAGUCAAAAGAUUUGUCAAAUAUUCAAGAACAAUCACUUAAACAUACUGUAUAAAAGUUUCUAUUUCGGCAUACUUUACUUUUACUUAACUAAUUUUUCAAAUAAAAUGUAUCCACUUUUAUGAUCUCAACAAGAUCAGUCAUUCCUAUAGCGGAGUUGAAAACUUUCAACUUAUUCACAAUUAUCAAAAGAAUGGAGCAGCCCCCACAGAGACUUCCAGCAAUGAGUUGUCAAAUUCAGUCUGCAUUAAGUAGCUUCCUUACAAUCAUCCCGACAGUAAAAGUGUCAAAUUUCGCAAACACCUGGACAAGGAAGUGAAAUGAUCAUCUAAUAACGCAGUUAAUUCAUCUGUCAAAUAAGCGAGUGGGCCAGCUUCCCUGAGCUCACUACCCUCAGAUUCUAACCCCAGCUUCACAAUAUUAGGCGUAAGCAGCCAAUUGGGCCGUCUGGGAGCCGUGCAUCCUGGGAGUUAUAGUUUCCGGCUCUCUCCUUCAGACUACAAGCUCCACAGAGCCGCGGGAGGACGGUUGCCUGGUAUUAUUAGCAAGCAGCAAGUAUGGCGGUGGCGCGCGUGGACGCGGCUUUGCCUCCCGGAGAAGGAUCAGUGGUCAACUGGUCAGGGCAGGGACUACAGAAAUUAGGUCCAAAUUUACCCUGUGAAGCUGAUAUUCACACUUUGAUUCUGGAUAAAAAUCAGAUUAUUAAAUUGGAAAAUCUGGAGAAAUGCAAACGAUUAAUACAGUUAUCAGUGGCUAAUAAUCGGCUGGUUCGGAUGAUGGGUGUGGCCAAGCUGACAUUGCUUCGCGUAUUAAAUUUGCCUCAUAAUAGCAUUGGCUGUGUGGAAGGGCUAAAGGAACUAGUUCAUCUGGAAUGGCUGAAUUUGGCAGGAAAUAAUCUUAAGGCCAUGGAACAGAUCAAUAGCUGCACAGCUCUACAGCAUCUCGAUUUAUCAGACAAUAACAUAUCCCAGAUAGGUGAUCUAUCUAAAUUGGUAUCCUUGAAAACCCUGCUUUUACAUGGAAACAUCAUCACCUCUCUUAGAAUGGCACCUGCUUACCUACCCAGAAGUCUUGCUAUACUUUCUUUGGCAGAAAAUGAAAUCCGAGACUUAAAUGAGAUCUCUUUUUUGGCAUCCUUAACUGAAUUGGAACAGUUGUCGAUUAUGAACAAUCCUUGUGUGAUGGCAACACCAUCCAUCCCAGGAUUUGACUAUCGGCCGUACAUCGUCAGCUGGUGCUUAAACCUCAGAGUCCUAGAUGGAUAUGUGAUUUCUCAGAAGGAAAGCUUGAAAGCUGAAUGGCUCUAUAGUCAAGGCAAAGGGAGAGCAUAUCGGCCUGGCCAGCACAUCCAGCUUGUCCAAUAUCUGGCUACAGUCUGCCCCCUCACUUCUACACUAGGUCUUCAAACUGCAGAGGAUGCCAAACUAGAGAAGAUUCUGAGCAAACAGAGGUUUCACCAGAGGCAGUUGAUGAACCAAAGCCAAAAUGAAGAGUUGUCUCCUCUUGUUCCUGUUGAAACAAGGGCAUCCCUUAUUCCUGAGCAUUCAAGCCCUGUUCAGGAUUGCCAGAUAUCCCAGGAAAGUGAACCCGUCAUUCAAGUCAAUUCUUGGGUUGGGAUAAGCAGUAAUGAUGAUCAGUUAUUUGCGGUUAAGAAUAAUUUUCCAGCCUCUGUACAUACUACAAGAUAUUCUCGAAAUGAUCUGCACCUGGAAGACAUACAGACAGAUGAGGACAAGUUAAACUGUAGUCUUCUCUCUUCAGAGUCUACUUUUAUGCCAGUUGCAUCAGGACUAUCGCCACUAUCGCCUACAGUUGAGCUGAGACUGCAGGGCAUUAACUUGGGCCUAGAAGAUGAUGGUGUUGCAGAUGAAUCUGUGAAAGGGCUGGAAAGCCAGGUGUUGGAUAAGGAAGAGGAAAAGCCUUUAUGGGCUGCAAAUGAGAAUUCUGUUCCAAUGAUGAGAAGUGAAAUCAAUACAGAGGUAAAUGAGAAAGCUGGACUAUUACCUUGUUCUGAGCCAACAAUAAUCAGCGCUAUCUUGAAGGAUGAUAACCACAGUCUUACAUUUUUUCCUGAGUCAGCUGGACAGAAACAACCAGACAUAAAGAAACCAGAAAAUACACAACCAGAAAAUAAAGAAACCAUAUCUCAAGCAACUUCAGAGAAAGUUCCCAUGAUUUUAACCCAGAGAUCUGUUGUUUUGGGACAAGACAAAGUUGCCCUUCAGAAAUUAAAUGAUGCAGCCACCAAGCUUCAGGCCUGUUGGCGGGGAUUUUAUGCCAGGAACUACAACCCUCAAGCCAAAGAUGUGCGUUACGAAAUCCGGCUACGCAGAAUGCAAGAGCACAUUGUCUGCUUAACUGAUGAAAUAAGGAGAUUACGAAAAGAAAGAGAUGAAGAACGUAUUAAAAAAUUUGUACAAGAAGAAGCUUUCAGAUUCCUUUGGAACCAGGUAAGGUCUCUACAGGUUUGGCAACAGACAGUGGACCAGCGUCUAAGUUCCUGGCAUACUGAUGUUCCUCCUAUAUCAAGUACUCUUGUGUCAUCGAAACCUCCAUUAUUUACCCAAAGCCAGGAGUCCUCUUCUGAUCAAAAUGCUGAUUGGUUCAUUGCUUCUGAUGUAGCUCCUCAAGAUAAAUCAUUACCAGAAUUUCCAGACUCUGGUUUUCAUUCCUCUCUAACAGAACAAGUUCAUUCUUUUCAGGAUUCAUUGGAUUUUGAGAAAAGUUCCACAGAAGGCAGUGAAAGCUCCAUAAUGGGGAAUUCCAUUGACACAGUGAGAUAUGGCAAAGAAUCAGAUUUAGGGGAUGUUAGUGAGGAACAUGGUGAAUGGAAUAAGGAAAGCUCAAAUAAUGAGCAGGACAGUAGUCUGCUUGAACAGUAUUUAACUUCAGUUCAACAGCUGGAAGAUGCUGAUGAGAGGACCAGUUUUGAUAGAGAGACAAGAGAUAGUAAACUUCACAUUGCUUGUUUCCCAGUACAGUUAGAUACCUUGUCUGACGGUGCUUCUGUAGAUGAGAGUCAUGGCAUAUCUCCUCCUUUGCAAGGUGAAAUUAGCCAGACACAAGAGAAUUCUAAAUUAAAUGCAGAAGUUCAAGGGCAGCAGCCAGAAUGUGAUUCUGCGUUUCAGCUAUUGCAUGUUGGUGUUACUGUGUAGCAUGUUGUGGUCUUUUGGGAAGCAGAUACCCACUUAACUUUUCUUAAAAAUACUUUCAGUUGCCUUUUUUUUUUUGGAGGGGAGUACUCCCUACCCCUAAUUUUGUUACUAUUUAUAUAGAAUUUGUAUUCAUGGCUCAUAUUUUUCAGAUUCUAGAUAUUGAGCUGAGUUUUCAUUUUGAUUUUGUUAGUUUUUUACUUAGCUGUAAGGUACCAAACUACUUAUAUUGACAGCUAUAUGCACUUUAUUUCUUAACUGAAUUACAUCAACAAUGUUCCUGUUUCUUUCAUGUACUCAUUUACUUUCAAAAAUAAGCUAGCAUAUAUUAAAGAAAAUAGAAAAAAAUACCUUAAAUAUAUAAAUAAGAGAAUUUUGGCUCUUCUGUGUCUGAGAAAAUUAAUUAUAUAGUAGGGAAUGAAAUUUGAUAAAGCAAAUAUAAAUGAGAAAUAUGAGGAUUGUGAACUAUUGAAAUUUGCCAGUCUCCCUGGUGUAAAAUGUUUUUGUAAAGCCUUUUUCCCUCCUUUUGGAGUCAAGGAAAGCCUUUCUAUAAGUAAAUUAAGAAAAGGUAGGAUUAUAAGAUUUCUCAAUGGGAAUGAUUAAAUUGUCUCGUGGAAAACUUCAGUUAAUGUCAUGCAUCAGUUUUAACAUAUGAAGUAAAGUGUUCUAUCCAGAAUUAAAGUCAAGUUUACUUACGCAACAUAAGAAUAUUUCACUUAGAUAUGAAGAAAGGAAACACUAGUCUCCAUUCACUUGAGAUACUGUCAUGGCAAAUAUUUAUCCUUUCGUUAAGUGCUUUUUCACCCUAUAGAUAAGCAUUUAUGUGCCAAUAUGUUGUCAGAAAUUAAUGUAUGUUCAUCUCCUCUGUUCCUGCUUAUAUUAUGUAUUUCAACAGAAGGUCUACGGCCAUUCACUUCAAUUUUGACCUCUGUCCCAUAGAGAAGAAAAUUUAAAGUAAUACUAAUGGUCGAAUAUGAAUGACUUUUUAGGAACUGCUUUUUGUCUAACCUGAAAAAGUGCCACAUUUGGAAGACAAUUUAAUGAUGGUGAAGAAAUAAUAAACCUCCCUUUACUUGUUAAAAGGGAUAUAUAUGUCUGCAAUAAGGGAGAAAUAAGAUUUGUGUUUGAAUAUUGUAGGUAGAUGCAUUUGUAAUUAAGGAUAAUAUCAUUGAACAAUAUGUAUUUGGUUUCCCUCAACGUAUAGAUAUGCAGCUAUUUAAAACUAUGGCAGUACUUAAGUGUUCUCUAAAUUUAGGUGCUAAAUAUCUAUUAAUUAUUCUGUUGUAGUCGUUAGGUGCCCUUCUUUGAAGUUAUAUAAAAUAAAAGCAUCUGAUCCUUCAAGGAUAAAGUUGAGGAUUACAUGGUACGUGGCAUUUGUUGUUGUUGUUUUUUAAAGAGAUGGAGUCUGGCUCUGUUGGUGCAGUGCCAUGAUCAUAGUUCACUAUAACCUCGAACUCCUGGCCCAAGUGAUCCUCCCACUUCAGCCUCCUGAGUAUCUGGGAUUAUAAGCAGGAGCCACUGCUCCCAGCUCAUGGUAUUUGUUGAUAGUCAUAACAUUUUUCCUGUAUGGUAAGAUGUAUUUUUCUCAGUUUAUAAAUGCGUAGCACUCAGGUUGAGACGACUUGGAUUUUAUUCUUAGAAAUCCAGAAUCCCUUGAAAAGGAAAUAUUUUCUGUUUCUUAUAAAUAAAACAAUAAUCUUACUUUCAGAAGGAUUUUCCUUAGUGAAACGUGUAACACUGAAUGCAUGUUAAAUAAAAAUGGAAUUUCUAACUUUUUUUCAACAGUGCUAAUUAUCUUUUCAGAAUGAUUUUGAAUGUCUUUUAAAAUAUACCCUAUUUUUCUAUUUUACAGUUAAGUGCCUCACUUGCUGUCCAUAGUUACACAAAGAAAAACCAACCUGCACUGCACUAGUACCAAAAUACUACUUUAUACAUUAGUUUUUCAUAAAAGCUGCUGGAAUGUCAUGAUUCAGUAUUACCUAAAUAGGUUUCUACUAAAAUCCUCUCCCUCCUGUCUUCUUUUAAGUAAUGGCGUAACAUAACUAAAUUCAUUUGAUCAUCAGCACUUGUUAGCAGGAUUUCAUUUUUUACCUUUGCCUUGUUUCUCUAGCCCAUAAAGAGUACUCAGCAUACUUUCAUUAACAAUUUGGCAGAAUAUGAUAAUU